UGAAUUCAUUUAAUGCAUUGUCAGUAAUGUGAAAAAUAUUUCAAUCAUGUAAAUGAAUGUACAGGACAUUGUUUAGAUAAGUGUAUAACACAUAAAUAGAAGCGAUGAUUCCGAUUAGACAUCAUUCAACAUGAAUGUAGUGGUGAGAAUAAAUCUAAUUGUGGCAAUUUUAUGUCUAAUGGGUGAAUAUAGUGGAGAGCCCUCCAAUAAAACCAUCAGUUCAUCAUUGAAAAACAAAAUAAAUGAUGGAAACUGUGAAUGUGGCAUUAACCAGUGCUCGUCCCUAGGUAACUCGACGCCGACUUACGCAGAAAGAUAUCCAAUGAAAUGUUCGUUAAGAAAUGAGAGUGAUAUGUGUCGAAAUCUGUGCAAAGAAAAAAUGUUCGACACUUUUGAUGCCGACAGAUUCGUGUGCUUUCGUAAAUUCAAUUAUGCCUCCGUCACGCUGUGCUACUACAUGAGAACGUGCCAAAAAGAAUCGAAAAACAGGCGAUGGGGCUCCGCCCGUAUGACUCCUAAAAAGACGUGCUGCUAUCGACGUGAAAUGGUGAAAUGCCUCUACUAAUCACAAUAA